CUGAAUAACAUUAAAAAAACAAAAGAAAGCAUGAGAAAAUUUAUUUCCCGUGAAGAUAUUUUCUUAUAACUGCUCUUAUAAGAAACAGAUAAGCUGUUCAAAUCUGUGUUCUGUUGAGAAAAAAUAAGCUUAUGGGGAAGAGAAGGUUUCAGAGAGCAAAGGAACCUUCAGAGACGGCGAUGGGAACAGAAGCUUCAUCUCCGUUAGAGUCUCAGACGACAAGGAGACGAAGAGGACGGCCAAGGAAGAAUCUUGAGAGUCCAGAAGGUUUCAAGAAGGACGAAGAAGAAGAUUAUGAGGAGUACGAGGACGAUGGAGAGGAAGAAGAAGAUGAAGUUGAGGUUAAUUACAGAGAGAAACAAAAGAAGAAGAAGGUUGGAAGUAGCCCUAGCGUGGAAGAAGGGGAAAAGUGGAAACGUGAAGAACUAGCUGAGGAGGAGGAGGAGGAGAAGCCCUCGGUGAAGACGGUGGCACCGCUGUCGUAUAGACGGUCAAGGAGGAAGAACACACCGGUGAAGAGCUGGUAAAUCUUUAUUACCAUAAUGGAGUCUUUUGAUUUUAUGUGAGUUCAUGGAUUAACUAUUGUUGAGUUUUAAAUUAAUUAAAAACCCUCAUGGGAAGAAAAGACCUUUUCAAUUUUAGAAUCUUGGAUCCUCUGUCCAAAACAAGAACACAAGUUUUGGAUAAGCUAUUGUCAGUGAGGAAACAAUGAACAAUACAAGUUUACGGUGACUUGAAUUUAAUUAAGAUUAAUUUGUUUUUUUUUUUUGGGACAAAGAUUAAUUUGUUUUUUUUGGGACAAAGAUUAAUUUGUUU